CACAAUAUCUGAAAAAGCACAACACAGCAAGCGGGAGGGCUGCCAAGCCGCAGUGCCAUCUCCGCGGAGGGAGAACAAUAGCAGGAAGCCAAGGCGGUUCUGAGGGAACUGAAGGGAGCUGAAGGGGGAGAGCACUCUUUCUCUCUUUCCAAGCCGCCUGAGGAGAAACAAAACAGGCGGAAAAGAGAAAAGAAGGACAACAAAAACCACCCAGGGAUGAAGGUGGAGGUGGCGGCGGUAGUGGAGGCUCCUCCCCGCCUGAGGAAAAAGCCGCCCUCCUCCUCCUCCUCCUUCUGAGGCGGAGGAAGCAUUGUGACGCUCCCGGCGGUGGAAGACCUGGAGCCCCCCGCGAAGGCCGCGAAGCCUGAGGUAAAUUUGUCAGCGGGGAAAGCGAGUGAGGCGAGGACAAGGGGAGCCCGUCGCCUCAGAGGAAGAGAGGAGCAACUGCCGCCCUGCCCUCUUUCUCCUCCUCCUCCCUCUCUUCCUUCUCUUCUCUCCCGCUGACGAGGCAGGUACAGGGUUUGAGAAAAAUAAGAAAACAUGGAUGGCCACAAAUAUGGUUAUUCAAGGGAAUUUUAUGAUCGGUAUGCCCAAGGUCCAGAAAAGUCUGUGGUCAAUAAAGUACAGCAGAAAUACUGGAAAACAAAACAAACUCUUAUCAAAGUUACGGGAAAGAAAGAGGAUGAACACGUAGUGGCUUCAGAUGCUGAUUUGGAUGCAAAGCUGGAGCUGUUCCAUUCAAUUCAGAGGACAUGUAUGGAUUUACUUAAAGCAGUUGAACUAUAUCAAAAAAGGAUUUUUUUUAUGUCUCAUGAAGAAAAUGAAUUAGGAAAAUUUCUCCGAUUCCAAGGUUCUCAGGAUAAAACUAGAGCAGGCAAGAUGAUGCAAGCCACAGGAAAAGCCUUUUGCUUUUCUUCUCAGCAAAGGUUGACACUACGCAGUCCUUUAUGCAGACUACAUCAAGAGGUGGAGACCUUCAGAUACAAAGCCAUCUCUGAUACAUGGUUGACAGUUAACCGAAUGGAACAAUGUCGGACUGAAUAUCGAGGAGCUUUGUUGUGGAUGAAAGAUGUCUCUCAAGAGCUAGAUCCUGACAUUUACAAGCAGAUGGAAAAAUUUAGGAAGGUCCAAGCACAAGUCCGUCACACAAAACUGAACUUUGACAAACUGAAAACUGAUGUCUGUCAAAAAGUGGAUCUCCUUGGAGCAAGCAGAUGUAAUCUCCUGUCUCAUGUGCUGGCAACAUACCAGACAAUGCUUCUUAAUUUUUGGAAAAGAACAUCUCAUACCAUGGCAGCUAUCCAUGAAAGUUUCAGAGGCUAUCAGCCAUAUGAAUUCAGAACAUUGAAGAGCCUACAAGAACCUGCAUGUAAACUAAUGGAAAGUGAAGAAAGGGAAGGAGAACCGCAACUAGAGAACACCAAAUCAGAAGAUGAUCGGCAGAGUCAGUUGAUUUUAUACGAUGAUGAAUGCCAGACCAAGGAAUCAGACAACUCAGCAGAAGAUGCUGAGGACAUUCUGAGCACAUUAGGGGAUAACUUCAGCCAUACAGAGAAUUCAGGCACUUUAGAUGACUUGUUAAGCUUGAAACCUGAAGAAAAUGCAUCAAAGGACCUGCUUACAGGCUCUCCAGAAAUGGAGGCAACUGAUAAGGACGAUAUGGUACUUUUGAAUGAGAUUCUCAAUGCAACUUCUUUGGAUGAUAGUGAAUUCAGCAGGGAAUGGACAGCUGUCUUUGGAGAGGAUCCACUUGCUGACAUGGCCACAAACUCUUCUGUCGGAGAAAUGGAAAGCAAUCAGUCAUCCUCAUCCUCAGGCUUCCUUCCUUCUCAGCUUUUAGACCAAAAUAUGAAUGAUUUGCAGUCCUCACUUCAAGGUUGGGCAGCGAGCAGCAUCAGCCCUUCGCCUGCACCACAAACACUACCGAAAUUCGGCAGCCUGAACAUGAGCAUCAACAAGACGCCUAUGAAAGGUGCUGCAAGUUCAUCCAAAGAUCUCACUGCUUGGUAUAGCCUCUUUGCUGACCUGGACCCUUUGUCCAAUCCAGACGCCGUUGGGAAAACAGAUAAAGAGCAUGAAUUGCUCAAUGCAUGAGGUGUCUGCCCAGGGUAACUUCCACUUCGCCACUCGUAGACAAUGUGCUUUGGGGUUUUAGAAACUUGUAAAAGAAGAUCCGUGUGCUCUUGUUCAAUUUCUCACUUCUGUGCCAUUCUAAUAAAAACGAGGAAUUUUCCUUCCUCUUCUUUCUUCAGAUGGACGUUACUAGGUCUUGAUUUGUAUAAAGGAAGUGCUCCUUCUCCUCUCUCUGUUUCUGUGUGUAUUUACUGAAUGAGACUCUGGUUUAGAGGAGAUUGCUACCUGGAUUAAUGUACUCACUGUAACUUGCCUCUUGGCAGAGAGGUAUCAAAGCUAUUACAAGAAUGAAAUAUAAACAAUAUACUUAUUUUUUAUAUUUUUUUUCUUUGUGUAAAUCAGAAAAUAAAAUCAUGUACUUGGAGGCUGCAUGAAUCACUUGUACAGACAGACAUAUUUAAUAUUCUGCUGCAAUACUAAACAAAUUAAAUUUCUAUCGUUAGUACCCAUAGUGAAAGAAUCUAUACUCUGGGGCUAAUAUUUAUAGAGUUAUAUUUGAAUAUCUAUGGUUCUAAUGUGUGUCCAUUCUCUAAUUUUAAAUUAUUAGGCAAAUUGCAGACCAUCAGUCCAGACAGAGUCCCCCAACUUCGUCAUUUCUAGUGUGUUCUUUUGUGCCAGCAGUUUCUGCUGUUAAGAUACUGAGUCGUAUUGAUUUUGCCAACAUGUGCAUUUAUGAUAUUCGUACAGAGCACUUUGCAUCAUUGCCGGUUUCAUACUCACAUUUUCUUGGAUCUGUCAUGACACUCUUCUUUAAUAAAGAUGGUUUUGAUGAAAAUA